AUGUAUUAUUUGGGUGGUUGGGAUGCGGGAGGAGGAGUAGGUGGUUUAUAUCAUGAAGAAGUGAGCGGAGGUAUGCUACUUACGGAAUCGGGACACCUGUACAAACCACUACCUAUUACGUUCUGGUAUAUAAGGAGUAAUUGGAUUGAUGGUAUCGGGAAGGGGAUCAGGGAUGAAGGGUUUUCGAGUAUAAUGUUUUAA